AGGGAAUCCCACGCCUCUCGAGCUCACUUUUCUAUAGUCGCUCUCUACUGGAUAUUGCACGGCACCCAAGAUGAACGGCUACAAGAACGAUGGCAGCGGAGCCACUAUUGUCUCCGACCCUUUCCUCUUCACGUCGGAAUCCGUGGGAGAAGGACAUCCAGAUAAAAUGUGCGAUCAGAUCAGUGACGCCGUUCUUGACGCACAUCUGAGACAGGAUCCAAACGCCAAAGUUGCCUGUGAGACUGUGACCAAAACUGGGAUGAUUCUCAUUUGCGGCGAGAUCACGUCUAAGGCCAACGUUGAUUAUCAAAAGGUCGUCAGAGAUACUGUGAAACACAUCGGCUAUGACGACUCAUCAAAGGGCUUUGACUUCACAACUUGCAAUCUACUAAUUGCUAUUGAACAGCAGUCGCCUAAUAUUGCAAAGGGAGUGCAUAUCAACCGUGGAGAACUGGACAUUGGCGCAGGAGACCAGGGCAUCAUGUUUGGUUACGGAACGGAUGAGACCGAGGAGUGCAUGCCCUUGACCAUCGUUCUGGCCCACAAGCUCAACAAUAAAUUGGCCGACCUGCGCCGAGCGGGCAUUCUCUGGUGGGCCAGACCCGAUUCCAAAACUCAGGUCACCUGCGAAUACAAGUUUGUCAACGGAGCGUGUGUGCCUCAAAGGGUGCACACCGUGGUUGUGUCAGUCCAGCACAGUGACAAGGUCAGCCUGGAGCAGCUGCGCGAAGAGGUCGAGAACAAGGUCAUCAGGACGGUGAUUCCUUCGAGGUACAUUGACGACGAGACCAUCAUCCACAUCAAUCCCUGCGGAGAAUUCAUUGUUGGAGGCCCUCAGGGUGAUGCCGGACUUACUGGCAGGAAAAUCAUUGUUGACACCUAUGGCGGCUGGGGAGCUCACGGUGGCGGUGCCUUUUCCGGCAAGGACUUUACCAAAGUGGACAGGUCUGCUGCCUAUGCUGCUAGAUGGGUGGCCAAGUCCCUGAUUAAGGCAAAGCUUUGCAAGCGCUGCCUUGUGCAGGUUUCCUAUGCUAUUGGAGUCGCCGAGCCUCUGUCGAUUUCAGUCUUCGACUACGGCACCUCUGACAAAACUCCCGAGGAGCUGCUGAAUAUUGUUAAGAAAAACUUCGAUUUGCGUCCUGGCAAGAUCGUCAAGGAACUGAAUUUGAGGAAUGCGAUUUACCAGCAGACCAGUGCUUAUGGCCACUUUGGUCGAGACAUCUUCCCUUGGGAACAACCGAAGAAACUGAUUUUGUAAUCAGCUUGAUUAUUUUGGAAAUUGUCAGUUAUUAAUUACGCAAUUUAUGCUCAUUACACUUUUGUUUAACAUAUAUUUUGUAUAAAAUCUCAGUCUACAAUGCCCAAAA